AUGAUAUCUCACUACUACUCUAUGUAUGUAUUAUCUCUUUUGCAGCCUUUGGGAGGGGUUAGGGUUUGCUACUUAUUGGAAGUUAGUUAUAGUGGGAGCUGCGUUGCCAAUUGGAAGUACAAUAUAUUCUAUUCGACGAGUAUAAAGAGAGUUGGGGAUGACUUGGGUUUUUGCAUUGAUCUCAAGUUCAUGAGGCAGAAGAUGGAGAUUAAGGGCAGAGUGUUUGGAGUUUGUUUAGGUCUUGCUUUUUUUUUUAGCAUGUGUUUGGUUGAUGGGCUCGAAGAUUCUGAUGCAAUAGAUGGGGGCAUUAAUGCUGGGUUUAAUAAUGCCACUGCUGCUGCUAUCCCCAAGCUGACUGCUUCAUCUGAUGAAGUUUUAGUCAAAAGCAAUAACAAUCAAAAUGGAGGUGGAAAUGGAGGAGGAGGUGGUGGUGGAGGAGGUGGAGGUGGAAAUGGUGGUCAAGGUGGGGGAAGUGGUGGCGGAGCAGGUGGUGGGAAUGGUGCAGCUAGUGGAGAUGGAAGAGGUAAAGGAAAAGGUAAAGACCACAAAAGAAAAGGAAAUGGUAGAGGAAGAGGAAGAGGCAGCGGUGGCGGUGGAGGUGGUGGAGGUGGAGGAGGAGGUUGGGGUUGGGGAGGAGGAGGCGGCGGUGGAGGCAACAACAAGGGUUGUUGGGCUUGGGGAUGUGGUGGCCAUCCAAAAGCAAUUGGAGGAAGGAAAGACAGUCCUUAG